AUGGUCCUGCAGGCGCGGAACAAGCACCGGGACGCUGCCCCGAAGCCGCCGCAGCCGCCCCGCGCCUCGCAGUCGUCGCACCCCGGCGCCGGGGAGCCCGGGCCCGAGCGCGCGCCCCCGUCUCCCGGGCGCAAGGGCGCGGCGGGCCGGCGUGGAGCCCGCGGCGAGCCCGCCGUGCCGCCCCCUGGGGGUGGCCUUGCGGGGCGCCUGGUGGCCGCGCUGCGCGGGGCGCUGGGCCUGCGGCGCGCGGGGCGCGGCCGGACCUGGACCACGCUCGUGCUAGCUGGCUUUGCUGCAGUGCUGCACUGGAGUCAUAUAACACACCUCUUUGAAAAUGAUCGUCAUUUUUCUCACCUCUCAACAUUGGAAAGGGAGAUGGCUUUUCGUACUGAAAUGGGGCUGUAUUAUUCCUAUUUCAAAACUAUUGUGGAAGCACCCUCAUUUUUGAAUGGAGUUUGGAUGAUUAUGAAUGAUAAGCUUACUGAAUACCCUCUUGUUAUUAAUACAUUAAAAAGGUUCAAUCUUUACCCUGAGGUAAUUUUAGCCAGCUGGUACCGGAUCUAUACCAAAAUAAUGGAUUUGAUUGGCAUUCAGACCAAGAUAUGCUGGACAGUCACACGGGGUGAAGGACUCAGUCCUAUUGAAAGCUGUGAAGGAUUGGGAGAUCCUGCUUGCUUUUAUGUUGCUGUGAUUUUUAUUUUAAAUGGAUUGAUGAUGGCGUUGUUCUUCAUAUAUGGCACAUAUUUAAGUGGCAGCCGCCUUGGAGGGCUCGUGACAGUGCUGUGCUUCUUCUUCAAUCACGGAGAGUGCACCCGUGUGAUGUGGACGCCGCCGCUCCGAGAAAGCUUCUCCUAUCCCUUUCUCGUACUCCAGAUGUUGCUUGUGACGCAUAUUCUCAGGGCUACAAAAAUUUAUAGGGGAAGCUUGAUUGCACUCUGCAUUUCCAAUGUAUUUUUCAUGCUUCCCUGGCAAUUUGCUCAGUUUGUGCUUCUUACUCAGGUUGCAUCAUUGUUUGCAGUAUAUGUUGGGGGGUACAUUGACACAUGCAAACUGCGGAGGAUCCUCUAUAGUCAUAUGAUUUCUCUUGCAGUUUGUUUUGUCUUAAUGUUUGGAAACUCAAUGUUAUUAACUUCUUAUUAUGCUUCCUCUUUGGUAAUAAUUUGGGGUGUACUGGCAAUGAAACCACAUUUCCUGAAAAUAAAUGUAUCUGAACUUAGUUUAUGGGUUAUCCAGGGAUGUUUUUGGUUGUUUGGAACUGUUAUACUCAAAUAUUUGACAUCUAAAAUCUUUGGCAUUGCAGAUGAUGCUCACAUCGGUAACUUACUCACAUCAAAAUUCUUCAGUUACAAGGAUUUUGAUACUUUACUGUAUACCUGUGCGGCAGAGUUUGACUUUAUGGAAAAAGAGACUCCACUGCGGUAUACAAAGACAUUGUUGCUUCCAGUUGUCCUUGUCGUGUUCCUCGCAAUUGUUAGAAAGAUUAUCAGUGACAUGUGGGGUUUCUUCGCCCAACAGCAGACACCCAACAGGAAGCAGCAGUUUGAUCAUGGAGAGCUUGUUUAUCAUGCACUGCAGCUAUUAGCGUACACAGUCCUGGGCAUUUUAAUUAUGAGACUGAAACUCUUCCUGACACCACACAUGUGCAUCAUGGCUUCCUUGAUCUGCUCGCGACAGCUCUUUGCAUGGCUCUUCUGCAAAGUACAUCCCGGUACUGUUGUUUUUGCUAUAUUAGCUGCAAUGUCAAUACAAGGUUCAGCAAACCUGCAAACCCAGUGGAAUAUUGUAGGGGAAUUCAGCAACUUGCCCCAAGAAGAACUUAUAGAAUGGAUCAAAUAUAGUACAAAACCAGAUGCGGUGUUUGCAGGCGCAAUGCCCACCAUGGCCAGUGUCAAACUCUCUGCGCUGCGGCCCGUUGUGAACCAUCCACAUUAUGAGGAUGCAGGUUUGAGAGCCAGAACAAAAAUAGUAUAUUCAAUGUAUAGUCGAAAAACAGCUGAAGAAGUUAAGCGAGAAUUGGUAAAGUUACAAGUGAAUUAUUACAUUCUAGAGGAAUCUUGGUGUAUAAGAAGAUCCAAGCCUGGUUGCAGCAUGCCUGAAAUCUGGGAUGUGGAAGACCCCGCUAACGCUGGGAAGCCGCCCCUGUGUAACCUCCUGGUGAAGGAAUCCAAGCCGCACUUCACCACCGUGUUUCAGAACAGUGUUUACAAAGUCUUAGAAGUGAUAAAAGAGUGACCGCCUGUGGACAUUGCGUCUGCUCCUCAGGCAGAGCCCCUCAUUGUGGAUUGUCCUUGAGACCAACACCUCAGGGAUGCUUUCCGGUGCCGCUCCUGGGAGCCGCUGAAGAGCAGCUGUAUUCUCCUGCCCGUGCCAGCGCCCAAGGGCAGGACAGUGGUCUGGGGAGCACUCGCGGGCCUGGAG